GACGUCGAAAUAUACCAAUCUCACCCCACCCGCACAUCGCCCACCGAACCGCCAUCAUGCCUCGCGAAGUCACCGACAUCAAGAGCUUCAUCGAGAUCUGCCGGAGAAAGGAUGCUCGCUCUGCUUGCAUAAAGAAGAACAAGAGCGCCGGUGUCUCGCAGACCAAGUUCAAGGUCAGAUGCCAGAAGAGCCUCUACACCCUUGUCCUCAAGGACACCGACAAGGCCGACAAGCUGAAGCAGUCGCUCCCACCGGGACUCACCAUCAUCGAGACACCCAAGAAGAACGCCAAGGGCAAGCGCGUUGCUCAGUCUUCGUAAGCGCAUACGGGCGGGCAUAAAGGGAGCAAUUGGCGUUGAAAACGGACAUGGCGGCAUGACGAGGAAAGCUGUAUACUCACCGGCAUGGAAUCGACGAUUUGAGCGAGCGCCGAGCUGGCAUUGAAGCUAGCUGGUAAGAUGAGAUAGCCUACGUGAAAAUGGCAAUUGCGACUUGAUCCUGCACACAC